AUGGCUCAAAGUCAAGGUGAUUCCCUUGUAGAGUCCAUCAAAGCAAAGUUAGAAUCUUUGUCUUCUCUUUCAUCCAAAUGUUGUAUAUACAAGGUACCUAAUAAGCUAAGGGGACUCAAUCCUGAUGCAUAUUCGCCUCGGCUUGUGUCCUUUGGCCCGUUUCAUCGCGGUAAAGAAGAGCUUCAAGCCAUGGAAGAUCAUAAAUACAGGUACUUGCAAUGCUUUCUACCUAGAACAAGCUUUAGUUUAGAGCACCUUAUUAGAGUUGCAAGGAAAUGGGAAGAGAAUGCUCGCAAUUCUUACGCAGAAGAUGUGAAACUUAAUAGCGAUGAGUUUGUGGAAAUGUUAGUUGUUGAUGGUAGCUUCUUAGUUGAGCUCAUUUUGAGAUCUCGUUAUCCUCAACUUAUAGGCGAAGAAGAUCGAAUAUUUAGGAAGCCAAUGAUGAUCACUGAUGUGUGUCGUGACAUGAUUUUGAUCGAGAAUCAAUUACCCUAUUUCGUCGUGAAGGGCUUAUUUCAGCUCUUGUCUUUUAACUACCAGCAAGGAACACAUUCAAUCAUGGAGAUCAUUCACUUGCACUUCAGUUGUUUCUUGAGCAACAUUGAUGAUCAAAAGAUUGAUUCAGAGCCAGAGCAUUUUGUUGAUCUUUUGAGGUCUUGUUAUCUGCCAGUGGUUCCAAUCGGAUCAGAAGAAACCACAUUGAAAGUUGACUAUGCACCAGGAGCAACCGAGCUUCACAAUGCUGGUGUUAUGUUCAAGCCAGCAGAGACCAGUAGUUGUUUAUUUGACAUUAAAUUUGAUCAUGGGGUACUUAAAAUUCCUACCGUUUUCGUAGAUGAUCUCACGGAAUCUCUCUUUAGAAACAUCAUUGUGUUUGAACAAUGUCAUUGCUCAGAUAAGAACUUCCUCCACUACACUAGGUUGCUCAGUUGCCUCAUUAGAUCUCCUACGGAUGCUGACUUACUCAUCCGAAGUGGGAUCUUCCUAAACAGUCUCGGGAACGCAGAAGAUGUUUCAAAGUUGUUCAAUAACAUCUGUAAAGAGGUUAUCUUUGGUAGAAGAUUCUACUUUCUGACACUCUCUGAGAACCUACAAGCUUACUGCAACACACCAUGGAACAGGUGGAAGGUGAUUCUGAGACGGGACUAUUUCCACAAUCCUUGGUCUGUUGCUUCUGUUUUGGCUGCUUUACUUCUUCUCCUUCUCACUUCCAUACAAGCUAUAUGCUCUAUCUUGGCCAUGUAA